CUCACGGGGGUGAUCCAUGCCUGGCAGAAACGACAUCAUUGUAGAGCAUGGAUAUUUCCCAAGUACAACACUUUACCCUCCUUGAAACAGCCCCUGUUGUCUCCUUUCGAGAUAGACAGAUAUUAGUUUGAUUCUAAUGCGUCCAGUAGCUUUGCAUUGCAGCUUACUAUUUGGUUGUAUCUUCGGACGGUCCCGUUCAGAUUGAGCUUGAACCCCGCCUUGUUAAUAGUUAACAUCCAAUAUCGUGGCAAUUCUACCUACCACUCACUACCGACCUACCUUACCUACCUUACCUAUUCAGGUAGCUUACCUCCUCCAUCCAGUAUUCCCUCACGCCAGUACAACCCGCCCACCAUGGCCGGUGGAGAUGAUACGCUGGCACCUCCAGCGAAGACCAAGAUACAAGAUCCUGGCGCGCACGAACUAGAGUCCGAAUCCGACGACCACUUCUCAGAUGCACAGUCAGCCCCCUCUGAAGCCGGCUCAGAGUCUCCUAAGCUCCCCAAGACCCGGGUGGAAAAGGUCGAUAAUGAGCCGUCUUUCGGCGAAGUACCCGGAACUGAGGCAUAUCAAAAGCGGGCAAGCGAUGCUGAGCCUGAUGAGAUUGCCGUCGCCUCAGACUCGUCUAGUGCCAUCGCCGGGCCCGAAGAUAGGAAGCAGGAUGAUGCGUCCUCAGAGAAGCCACAGGUGCCGCUGACUGUGGUGGAAGAGAUCGUGGAUUCGGCCGGAUCUAUAACUCAUUCUGGAACGCAUUAUGAGUCGGAUGCUGUUCCCGACAGAGUGGUAAAGGUGGAUGGGAGCGAGUCUGACGAAGCCAAGUCUAGUUCCAAGGACGGUGAGGCAUCUUAGCUCCCCGCCCUCGCGCUUGCUGUACUUUCCAGUUCUUUCGUUGGAUCUCCUUGUAUUGACGGAUUUCUCAAUAGGGGCCAUAGAUACUCCAGUAGCAGCUUCAUUACCAUCACCCCCAGCAGAACCUGAAGACACUCCACAGAGUCCAUCAAAAGCUGCUGCCAGUGCUUCUUUCGAAGAGUCAGGUAGCGCUACUGCUCCCGAAGAGGAGGAUAAUGAUGAUGAUGGCGACUUCGGCGAUGAUUUUGAUGAUUUUGAGGAAGGUGGCGGCGACGGGGACGAUGAUUUCGGUGACUUUGACGAUGGUUUCCAAGAACCUGUAGCUCCAGAGGACGCUCCUCCGCCAGUUGCUGCACCCCCGCCGCCAGCUCCAGGUUAUACCCUCUCCUUCCCCGUUCCUGACUUCGAGGGGCUAGAUGCCGACGCAGUGGUGGCCACCGCAGAACCAUAUCUUAACGCUAUAUACCCACCAGACGAUGACGACGUAGUCGUUACCCACUCAUACUCAACAGACAACCCGAUAUUCCAAACCCCACGGAGUGCAUCCUUAUGGGCACAGCUAGUUGCACCUCCUCCACUCCAGCCGCCAGACUGGAUCCGCUCCCGUAUCCGCAGACUCUUUCUUGUGUCUCUCGGCGUACCGGUGGACCUCGAUGAGAUCCUGCCAGCAUCCAAGCAAAAGAAGCUCGUGCUACCAUCUCUCAACCGCACGGGUAGCCCCCGCACAUCCACAGAUUCUCGCAACAUUACCAGGCUCAAACAGGAGGCCGGCGCCUCCACCACGAGCCUCGAUUCUCAGGGUAACAAGAAGCCUCGUCCCAGCGGCGAUGCAGCCGCGUCCUCCUCGACGGCGCGCAAGAAAAACGAGCCCGUCGAGCCCGAGCUUGACCUCGUCCCUGCCAGGCAACUAUGCAUGACCACCGACGAAGCUCUCGACGGCAUGACGGACGGUGAGCUACAGGAGCAUGUUGCCAAGCUCCAGGCCAUCGAGGGCUCCGCGAAAGAAUUACUAGAGUAUUGGCAAAAGCGCACAGACGAGAAAAUUGGUGAUCGGGAGGCAUUCGAGGGUGUUAUUGAAAGUUUGGUCAAGCAUGCAAGAAAGGUCAGAAAAUAGAAAAAGGGCGGCCAAGCCCCGUAAUCUCCGCAAGGUGAUAAUAAUAAAGAAAGAGCAACCUCGCAAUCCCUGGUUGCAUCUCGAAUAUGUGUAGACCUCGUAGACGCUAUAACUCCAGCUUCGCCGUUCAAAAGCGUCUGGUAGCGCAAAUUCAUAUAUAGGCACGAGAAUACUUUUAAAUAACAUCACGGCGGUCCUGCCGCAUUUGGAGCUUUUUAGCUACCCAGGAGAGCACGUCACUAUAGGUACGGAGGUCUGGAAACAUAAACUAGAGAAGUACUGAGCUCAGUCUGUUGGAACCAGGUCGAUGGCGGGCAGGCAAGUAAAAACAUGUCACGGGAGAAGAAAAAGCACAA